CAGUUGAUGAGGGAUAAUGAGUUUGAAGAAUUGGUUGAGCAAGCAUCCUCGUUUUGUUACAAACAUGAUAUUAUAGUUCCUACCAUGGAUGAGGAAUAUGUAAUUCCAGGGAGAUCACGGCGUAAUGCUCCAAUGAAGACAAAUUAUCAUCGUUAUCGUGUGGAGAUCUUUAUUCAUGUAAUUGAUGGGCAACUUGCGGAGUUAAAUGAUCGCUUCAACGAGAGACUUAUUGAUGCUUGAAGAUCAACUUGGUGUUUAUGUUCAUCAUAUGCGUUCGAGUAGUGAUUUUUCUCAAUUGGAAGGGAUAAGUAGUCUUGCGGAAAAAAUGGUGGAGAAAGGAAUGCAUGAAAUAUUUCCUUUUGUGUAUUUGCUUCUUACGUUGGCUUUGGUUUUACCGGUUGCAACUGCAUCAGUGGAGAGGGCAUUUUCCGCUAUGAAUAUUAUUAAAAAUCCACUUCGCAACAGAAUGGGAGAUCAAUGGUUGAAUGAUAGCUUGAUUGUUUACAUUGAGAGAGAUGUUUUUGCUUGUAUUGAUAACGAAAUUAUAAUGCAACGUUUUCAGAAUAUGAAAACUCGUCGUGGACAAUUGUAACUUGUAUUAUUGGUUUUGUUAUGAAUUAUGAAUGGAAGUACUAUCUUUCUAUCUUUUUAGCA